CAUAAUUUCCAAACCCAUAAUCAAAUUGGGUAUUUUUUUAUAGUUAAAUAAAAAUGCAUUCUUUAAAAGAAGGUGUUCUCUUACAGCUCCUCGCCGGCGGCGGCGGCGGCGAAACCAGAACGGCCGACGAGCCCGUAAUAUUACAGAUCCGAAGCAUAAUACCCGUUCUAGAAGAAGGCGAUCUGUUUCCCAACAGAGGCUUCUUCCUCCAAGUCUCCGAUUCAUCUCACGCGCUCUACGCGUCUCUCUCCGACGAACAGAACGAGUUGAUCCUCUCCAACAAACUCAAACUCGGCCAACUCAUACACGUGUCAAAAUUAGAGAAUUCCCACCCCGUACCCUUGCUCAGAGGCGUCACCCCCAUCCCGGGGCGCCGCCGCUGCGAAGGAAACCCCGAAGACAUCGUCUCUCAGUCGAAUCUAUCGAAGCUUCUACAAGCUUCCACUGUCGACUCCGUCGUCGAAAAGGGUGUAAUCCUGGAGAAGAAAAUCUCGGGAUCGAAAUCGGCGCAUUGUAACUCUUCCGAUUCCGAAGCGUCGUCGUAUUGCGGUAGAAGAAUCGAGGGAUUGAAGGGCGUCGUCUCGAAAUCUCGCCGGGGAGAAAUUAGGGCACGAGAUUUCGAGAAAAUUAAUUCUUGUAACGAUGCGGGGAGACGGAGCUGGAACGAAUCGGAAAUCGUCGGAGCUAAGGAAAUUUUCGAUUCUUCUGUUGUUAGACACGAGAUUAAGCUUCCACCUCGCUGCCGUAGCGCAAAUGCUUCGCCAGUUCGUUCGGUGAGGUACGACAGCUCGGAUGACAAUUCGAGUACGAUAUCGAGAAGAAGAUUAAGUAGCGGUUCGCCAAAGAGAUUAAUUAAAAAUUCCAACAAAAUUGGCCAAGAGAAUAAUAGUAAUAAUGCACCAAAGGCGAACGAUGAGCCGGUUUCGAAUUCGUUGUGCACUAGUUUAGUGUACGAAAGAAAAGGGGCCGAAAACGGAAUUUCGUGGAGCUCACUUCCAUCCAAUUUAGUGAAAUUUGGCAAGGAGGUCGUAAGGCAACGAGACGUUGCCCUAUUGGCUGCAGCCGAUGCUCUACAAGAGGCUUGUGCUUCGGAGAGAUUGCUCAACUCCUUAAGGUAAUUAUUGUUUAAUUAAACUUAUAUAUAUUGGGUAAUUAUUGAGCUUAAUUACAAUUAUUUUAUCGAAUUUCGCAGCACGUUAUCGCAGUUCCCUUUGGUGGAAGGAGACGAUCUUCAGCCACAUGUGGAUAAAUUCUUCGACCUUCAAGAAGAUUUAGCUCGAACGAGAUUGAUAAUGCAGUCAUUAACAAGCAUAACCCCGUUUAGAAAUAACGAAGAAACGGAAUCGAAUUGCACAACCACUAAUUCCGUCAGGGAGACACUAAACCUCGCGCUCGAACGCAAGAAAAAUGCAAUCAAAUGGAUAAAAUCCGCAGUGGCCCUCGAUCUCCAAACCGCGCCCGCUCAAGCGGGGCCCACAAUUUUAACCCCCGUGGGCCCCACCAAAACGAGCCCGUCGAAACCGAAGGGCGUUUGCGU